UCAAGUUGACAGAGAUGCCUUUGUUUGGCUUUACUUCAGCUCAUGUCUAUCUUCAGAGAACCAUCGAGUGAUCACGGGGGGUCCCCCCCAUAUAUAACAUUAACACGCGCAUAAUUUCAGUAGCAGUAGCAGGUAUCUCACUCUCUCCCAGUCAUGUCUGGUUUCAUACGGAUGUUGAUAGUCAUGUUAUCCGUUCUGGCCGCGAUCAGAGCGGUCGAGAGCCACACGAAGACAGACUGCGGUGUGGCGCAGACGGCGUUCGGGAUGUGCGUGCCGUACGUCAUGGGCGACGAGCGCGGGCCGGUCUCGUCGAGCUGUUGCGCGGCGGUGAAGUCCGUCGAGGAGCUCUCGUCGAUGACCUCGAUGGGGAAGAGAGGCGUGUGCGAUUGCCUGAGGGCGAUGAUGGCGGAGGUGGGGAGGAUAGACGGCCGCCGGGCGUCUGGGCUCGCCCGGAAGUGUGGGGUUCGGACCAGUGUUAUACCCACCAGCCUCCGGUUCCGUUGCUUCGAGCUUGCAUGAGCAGGCAGUAGCAAAGGGGUACACCGCGUAAAUAAAUAAAAAACAGAGGGUGUGACUGCACGUGCGGAGACACGUGC